CGCUACGACCUGAAUAAGUACAUCCUCGCCGACGUUCCUCAACCGGAAGACCCCACGGAGUUGAAGGAAUGGCUCGACGACCGCGGCGACGCCGACGAUUACCUCCAGGCGGUUGUUGGCGGCCUCAAGGUCUGGCGCUACGUCCAGGGCAUGGGUUGGAAGGAUAGGGAUCUCAACCAGAAGAAAACCAUUGACAAGCUCACCCAAUAUUUG